AAUAGUUCUGUAAACCGUAAAAAGAUUUAUAAGUAUGUGCAUAUGUGUCAAUAAAAAAUUGGUCAAUUACAGUCCUAACAUCAAUGGGUAGAUCCAAACAACCAAUACCAAAAUGAAUUAAAUGUAAAAAGUAUUGCUUCAAACUAAUAAUAAUAUUAUUAGAAGGGGUUUUGUGGAGAUUGUUAAGAUCAUGAGUCAAUUGAACCUAGACCACUAUGGAAAACCUGGAAACAUAAACAGGAAAAUUACCUCGACGGGUCAAUAUACAAACUUUCUUAGCUUUGUUCCUCUACAAUACAAAAGGAACCUUAUUAAGACACAUCAUAAAAUCAAGACUAUUUGCUCUGCGGAUACGAUUGAAGAUGAAACAAAGAUGUUAUACAUAACCCUGAAGGAAAAUGGAUAUCCCGAGAAAUUUAUAAGUAAAAACAUGGCCACUAAAAAACAGAAUAGAGAAUACCCAACUGUAAAUAAAAAGCCUCUGUAUAUACGCUUACAAUUCAGAGACGAUGCACCGGGUGAAAUGCUAAGACUCAAGUUAAGCAGAUCAAUUCAAAGGACUUUUAAUGCGGGUGAACUACAACUAAUUUUUUCCACACGACCAAUAAUCACUCCUAGGUUGAAAGAUAAAUUACCUAGACUAGCCACUUCCUUCUGUAUCUACCAAUUCAACUGCUCUUGUGGAGCAAGUUAUAUUGGCAGAUGUUCUAGGAAUUUGUACAUUCGGGCUCGUGAGCACCUACCCGUGUGGUUAAGCAAAGGUAUAGUCAAAACGGUUAACAGCUCCAUCUUGGACCAUCUAGUUCAGACAGGACAUAAAGCGAAUAUGGAGCAAUCUUUUGCAAUAAUCUAUCGUGUUAACAGCAGUCUACCUAAUUUCGUCAGACUGCGAAUCCUACAGAUGGCUGAAGCAAUUGCUAUUCGGAUCAAAAAGCCAGAGCUUUGCAUCCAAAAGAAGUAUGUUCAACCACUCCUUUUACCCUGGCCAACUUUGGGGCCAACUAGUUAAUAAUCAAUUUUAUAAUAUGGUGACAUAAUCUGAUUAAUCUUCAUUUUAUGUCCCAAACUUAUUAUUAUUAUUAUUAUUAUUAUUAUUAUUAUUAUUAUUAUUAUUAUUAUUAUUAUUAUUAUUACAUUUGGUAACCUUUUUGAGGAAUUUAUUCAAUAUCCACCCCUAAAUCUACUAUAUCUGACCUAAUUCAUAUUAUUCCGCAUAUUACGUAAUUUCCGAUUUUUAUCCCAAAAUUUUUUCUCUCAGCCCAUGUUGACUAUAUUUAUUCUGAUUAUUUAUCUCACAAUUUCAUUUCACUUAUAAACUGGUUCAAGUUAACACUUCAUAUUAGUCAGCUCCAACAUUAACGAUCUGAUUUGAUUUAAUAUAUAACAAAUAACAAUUCUUAAUUCACAUAUUACAGUUUCC